UAUGCCAGAAGGCAGUUCAAGGUGCGUGCCUGGCUGAGAGCGGAGAUGAACGAGAGCGUGGCGACAAAGUCGAACACGCCCGGUGCCACGAUGCGGUACACAGUGGACGACUUCCUGAAGCAGGUCUUCAAGCGAUGCCACCUGGUCCUUGAGGGUUGGCCGGCGGACAUCCCGUUCUGCAACCUGAGCAACGUGGGGGGCAUGAAGAACCUGGAACGCCUCGCGCACGCGUGGACACAGGGCGAGAUGCGCUUCGUUCCGGCCACGGACGAACACAAGGCUGCAGCGGAGGCCAACCCGAUGUCUGCGGUUCCCGGCCGUCUGAACCGCGGUUUCCGGAACCGUGCACAGCGCAGCGACGUCGGAGAGAGGCACUACCGCCCGGUGACGGGGGCAGGGUACCUUCCGCAGCCACGGCCGUCGCAGGCAGUGGUGACACCCGAGAUGGAGGCGGAGGUGGACGCUGAA